CUAUGGUCAGUUUGAAAUGUUUGAUCUACUCAUUCGGUGACACAUUUGAUAAAUAAAUGAAAACGUGAAAAGUAUUAACACAGCGUUUCGUUUAUUUCGUGCAAACCCUUUGAUUUUUAACAGUUAUAUUCAGAAGUGAGAGAAAGUAAGAGAUGGACAGAGAAAGCGCCGGUCAUAUCAACGUUACCCUCAAAUUCUGUCCGGAAUGCAAUAACAUACUGUAUUCGCGCGAACACAGGGCCACUAAAAGACUAAUAUUCCUGUGCCGGACGUGUCUCUACCAGAAGGAAACCAAUGCCAGCCAUAGUUGCGUUUACGUCAAUAAUAUUAAACACGAAGUCAAUGAAUUGGCGCACAUAAACAGUGAGAUGAUCGCUGACCCGACUCUGGCCCGGACUCAACUGCAUCCCUGUCCUAAGUGUAAGCACAACGAAGCCGUGUUUAUGCAGGGAUUGCUCACUAAAUCAGUCGAUGCCAUGCGAUUGUAUUACAUCUGCACUAAUAAUAAUUGCCGAUUCAAAUGGACUGAAUAGUGUGUGUAUACUAUGAAUGUCUUAAUUGGAUUACCCGGCUAUUAGUUUCGAUCCGUUUGCUAUUGUAAUAACCAUUUAAUAAAUUCCGUUUAAAUCCCUCUAAUCCCAU